CCUUCCGUUCGCUUUUCGAGGGCGUGGGGCCGGGCGUGGAGGGGGGAGCGGAAGGCGGCCCCCGACCCUGGCGUUUGGUCCACACCUGCCAGACGCCCCUCGUGACGCCUGGAGAAUCGUCGGAGGCUCGAGCGAAUGUCUCUUAGCGCUCCCGGCGAGCCAGCAGCUCAGUUGCUCACAAAACUGCCCCCUCGCUGUCCAGUGUGGACCGGAAGUGGGAGCCUGGGUUUCACAACUUCCGUUGCCCGCGAGCAAGUCAUUUCAGUUUGGUUCUCGGGGUCCAUGGCAUUCAGCGGGGCGGAGGCUUCCUUAAGGCGCCUUCCCAGCUUUGAUUCAGCACCAACUCCCGCCCUAUUUGAGGAAGAAAAUGAAGAAAUUGGAGGAGGUGCGGAAGGUGGGCAGGGUAAAAGAAAGAGACUUUUUUCUAAAGAAUUACGAUGUAUGAUGUAUGGGUUUGGGGAUGACCAGAAUCCUUAUACUGAGUCGGUGGAUAUUCUUGAAGACCUUGUUAUAGAGUUCAUCACUGAAAUGACUCACAAGGCAAUGUCAAUUGGAAGACAAGGGCGGGUACAAGUUGAAGAUAUCGUCUUUCUGAUACGGAAGGACCCAAGGAAGUUUGCGAGGGUUAAAGAUUUGCUUACUAUGAAUGAAGAAUUGAAACGAGCUAGGAAAGCAUUUGAUGAAGCAAACUACGGAUCUUGACAACUUUGGAACUUACUGAAGCUUCCUUAUCUUUUGGGGAGACCAUAUAUAUAUCCAUAUGUUUUCCAUAGGAAGGUCCCCCAUAACUAGCGAUGUAAGUGAAAGGUGGAGAAGCACGAAGUUUCCCACCUUCAUUUUCAUGUCUUCUAUUUAAGAGUGAUAUUUGAGCCCUUACCGGUUUGGCUCAGUAG